CACACGUGGGGCCAGAGUGGGCACCUGGCAUUUGGUACGCUAAAAGUGUGACGGUACUCGAGUAACAGUUGCUAAAUUGCUCUAUUAUCGUCUUACUGACACAGGCCGGCUUACCUCCCUUCUUCCAUCUACGACCGCGAAGUUUAUUUGAAGACCGAGACGAUACCUAUACCGAUAUCGAGAGGGAGUUUUGCGACAGGACAGAGAGAGAGGCCGAGCUACAGCGUACGUGGUAGGUGCAGAGACGAGAAACAAACGACGGCGACUGAGAGGAGAAACAAACGACGGCGACUGAGGAGGUUCGCUGGGGGGACUCACACGAUACACAACCUCGUCAAAAUGGGCGCCGCAUCGGCGAUUCUAGUGGUGCUCAUCACGCUCCUCUUCCCACCAGCAGGCGUCUUCUGCGUCGCAGGCUGUGGAGCAGAUGUCUUGAUUAACCUCUGCCUCACAAUCCUUGGCUACAUCCCCGGCCACAUCCACGCCUUCUACCUCGAAUACGUAUACUACGAGCGCCGCGAGCGCGCCCUCGAAGGCCGAUACGCCGCCCAUCGCGCACCGGGGGUGUAUAGCGAGCGUGUGCAGACGGGCGGGGGGCAGCAGACUUAUGGGACUAUUGCGCCGCCGACUGGGAGGCACUGAGGUGUUCUGCUGCGCGGGAUAUUGGGGG